AUGACUUCAGCUAGCAAGAGAUACACCUGGUCUCGUCAGUUAUCGAGAAAUGAUCCUCAGAGACAGAGGCAUACCGAUCUGGGGCUUGCUGAGGCCCUUCCAGUUUCACUUGAUGACAUUAUAGGAGGCUAUAACAGAGAGUACAAGCUUUGCUUGAGAAAACUUCUGAAUACUCCUGUGUCUUCGGAUACGGACGCCAUCUUAGGGCUUCCAAAUGGGGCGUGCCAUUGCCAGCCAGCCCUAGUCCAGGGCCUGUUGGAUUUCGCCCUGAUCAUGAAGACACUUGCAAGACGCAAACCCGCCGAGACAGGCAUCAACAGUGCUGAACUACAUCAAGAUGUAGAUUCACAAGCCGGAAUGUGGGAGUUCCCGAUCAAGACUUCCGCUUAUGGUGACUUUUCGCCGAGUGCCGCGGCAUGCCAUCAUUUCUCUUUGGGGCCGGUUCCGGUCACGGUCGUCGAGCUGAUGCUUAUCUCCGGUUGCGCUCACGGAUCUUGCUGCUUUCGAUGA